AUGGGGUCAAAAUGUCAGAUAGGCUCGACCACGUGCGGCGCCUACCACCGUCGCCGUCGUGGCCACAACCGUCGUCCUCUUCUAUUGUCACUUUCUCACAUUUGGGUCCAAAUUUUAUUUAUUGAUGUUCACAUCAUUGAGUUUCCAUUUAAUGGCUUAUUUUACAUUACCAACUAA